CUGCUGUGCUGCACCUUUGAGGGCCCAGAGAGGAAGUACCAUGGAAGAGAGCAAGGGAGGUGAACGGGAUCCUUUCAACCCCGCAGAUGACAGCGCUUUGGAGGUCAGCGGCGGGGGUGCCGCCGACGAACGCGACAUCCCGGAAUUCUCUCUUUGUGCAGCCUUGGUGGGGCACACGGGGGACGUCAGGAGCCUCGCCGUCGGCAAGAGAAACCUCUACAGCGGCGCUCGGGACAGCGUGGUGAUGGCCUGGCCGCUGGACGAGGAUGGCCACAUCGACGGGACUCACGUGGCACCGGCAGCGCAAGUCACCCUCCCGGACUGGGUUAACGCGCUUGCCGUGAAGUCACCCGCGGGGGGCGAGGAGGUCAUCGUUGGCGGCUGCAAGGACGGGGGUAUCUAUGCGGUGGGGUGGGAGGAAGGGGGGCCCGCAGCGGCGGCGGCAGCGGCAGCAGCCAGUGGAAACGGAGCGAAGCUCGUGGUUCGAAAGACUUUCCUCGGCCACAACGCCCCGAUUUCAUCCCUGUCCUGGACCUCUGAAGGGUUGUUACUGUCGGGGUCGUGGGACGAAACCGCCAAGGCCUGGGACCUCGACACGGCCACGUGCAAGUGGACCCUGGGGGGGCACGAGAACAACGUGUGCGUGCUCGGACUAGGACCAGGCUCCAUCGCCACCGGCUCCACCGGGCUAAGCGUCGAGGGGCAUCUGGUGGGGCAGCAGAUCAGGAUGUGGGAGGGCUCGCCACCGAAGGAAUGCCGCAGUCUGACGGAUCACACUUCAGGGAUCCGCGAUCUUUGCCUGGUCGAUGCACCGGCAUCGUCGCUGUCAUCAUCGCCAGGACAGUGCUUCUGCAGCGCCUCAAACGACGCCACGGUGCGCGUGUGGAGCGAGGAGGGGGACUGUCGAGUGGUAGUCACGAUUCCCGACGAAAGCUUCGUGUUCAGCGUGUCUGACUUAGGAGCGGGGCUGGUGGCCUCGGCGGACGACGCGGGCAACCUGUGCGCCGCGCGUGUGCCACCUCCACCACCGCCGCCGCCGGCCGCCGGCUCGCCGCCCCCGCCCGCUCAACAAACCGCCACCGUCCUCUUCAAACACCCCAAGACGGUUUGGUCCGUCGCGGCGCUGAGAACUCCUAACGGCAGCAGCAGCAGCAGCAGCGGCAGCGUUGCUGGCGACGGGUCCGCAAAACCGCCGCCCUCCGCCGCUGCCGCUGCCGCUGCCGCUGCUGCUGCCGGAGGAGAAGGUGAUGGUGGCGGUAUCAGCGAUGAAGGCAGCGUAGCCGACGUCGCCACCGGUUCUGCGGACCACGCCGUCCGGGUCUUCACGCCCGACUCCGAGCGCUUCCUGCGGGGAGAUAGAUUGAAGGAGGCGCUGGAGGCGGUAGGGGGGGGUAGUAGCAGCGACGCUUGCGGCGGCGACGCUGCGGCGGUUCCUGGCAGCGGGGCCCUCUUUGGAGGGAGAUCGGGCGGCGGAGAAAAUCUGCCGUCUACGUCGGAGAUGUCAGUCAUGGUCGGGGCGGAGGACGGGCAGCUGAGCGCCUUCGCUUGCCACGAAACCGGCUUGGCAAAGGUGUUCCGCUGGACAGAGGCGGUCGGGGAACGGGGUGCCAAGUGGGAACAGUUGGGGACGCUUCGGCCCCCGGUGCGGAAAGUUGCCUUCGAGGGCGGGCUCUACGAUAAGGUUAUUCCUGUCGAGGUUGAAUCGGCAUCUCGGGGUUUCCUGGCGUUACAGCUUGGCGUUAACCAUGGGGACGACCCCAAGGCGGUCGCCGACGCUUUCUGCAAGAAGCACUCCUUGGGACCUGAAUACUUGCCACAGAUCGAGCAGUUCUUGUUCAUCGCUUCUUUGUGAGAAAAGCGAGGGACCAUAGGCUCUACGACGACGGCGACGGCAACAUCAUCGUUUUUUUUUCCUCAUGUUAUCCGCUUCUUUGUCGAUAAAUGGCAAUGGAAGCGGGGAAGGACUAAAAAAAACAUGACGGCCGAGGCACCGCGGCAUUGCAAGCACUCGAUGCAAACAUACCCACCUCGGCGCGCACGUUUUGAAACGCCUUUUCCAACAUCUUCGAACAUGAUACAAGAGGUAGGGCCCGGUAAGGUGGUGAGCCACCCCUGCAGGACCUGGUUAUCCUGAUAGACCCUCAACCUUAGCAGUACGACGUGCUUCCUCUGUUGUUGCUUUUGUGCAUUACCCCAUCUUCAAGCAACGAAUAGGCAUUAGUGAUUUUGAUUGGUUGGCUGUUCGUCGCGCUCCGGGACUAGGAUUCCGUGUGGACUACACCUAUACUGUCUCGCGGGUGCAUGUACCUGCGGAUAUUGUUGUGGUCAAUACACCGGCGUUCACGGGUCCCGGUGUCUGUGCCGAUGCCGUUACAUUUACUUCAGGACAUGCACAGUAGAAACGCAACGGAGCCGGCUGACGUAGGGAAAGGUGCAUUCGGGGAGGAAGUUUGGUAGUUGUUUACUCCUUGAGUUGCCGGUGGUCGAUGCCAGUUUUUAAUUCAAACUGUAGUUACCCUCGGACAUGUGACAGCAUAUAUUGCUUGGUGUCGUCCACCUCAAGACGAGGAAAGGAGCAGAACACCAACUACCACUAGUUUUGCGGCGAUUGUACCGGUCUUCUUUCCCGUGCCCUAUGCGUACGACUCAGCCAGUCAGUUGCAUUCAGCAGCCUCUUGUUGAGUUAGGAGAGUUGGUGAGAUGCGCCCUAGCACUGCCGGUUUUGCGAUGAUUCAGCAGGAUACCCGUUUUGUGUGCACACGACGUCGCCAACCAAUUGCACUCAGUAGCAGCCUCCGGUAGGGUUGAUGAGAUGGGCCCACCUCCUGCAAGAAGGUGGCUCGAUUCCCCCCCGCGGCAGUGGUAACUCUUGCGCCCGAUGUACUGCUGUACAGUUUUCUUGGUAGGACGUUUGUUUGUGGGCCGGAAAACGGGGGGAGGUGCGCCUGCCUGUGUUGUGUGUGGAAUAGAUCCCCAUUUCCACACUAGAGGCGCCCGCACCCACAAACCUCUAGAAGGUUUCGGCGGAGGCUGCGGUUCUUACUUCCUAGGGCCAUGCUAGGAACGGUCGGUAUAUCGGUUUCAGUGUUGGGGGUUCUUUCCGAGCUCACACAUGAUGAUGGUGCUCAUGUUGUUAAAUUUUGAGUUUCUUUAGGCUCAAUAUUGUUUUCAUUGUCCUUGUCCGAGGCUACGCUUCUGAAAACAAUUACCCUUCGUCUUUUAUCAUCUUCGAUGAUGAAACAGUCUUCGAGUACUUGGUAAACACGGCGGUACAUACGUGUACGCGGUUUUCGUUCGGUGGUAUAUAUUCGGUUUGCAGGGCAAGGUGUACGGCACCGCGCGGCACAGAGCGCACGGCAAACAUACGACGCGCACGGCUGACCGUGUGUCAAAUCCCGAACGGUUUUUCGGCGCCUUCAGGAAGCAAAGAGCAACGCGAUAAGAAGAUAAAAAGGUCAAGCAAUUUCGAAUAUUCUGACCUGAAAUCCCUGGAAGACCAAUAACCCGUCCCGACAAUUACCCAGUAACACAAAGGUCUUUUCCCAAUACAUUGCUCGAAACUGCUAUAAUAAUAGUGUGCUGUCCAACAUCCGCAUCAAUGCUUGCGUCGCUCGCAUUAUUUCCUUCAAAAUUCCGAACCUGGCGCCGGCACAACUCCUUCGGUCUCCUCUUUUUCAUUAUUAGCUCAACAUUCCGCCCUCUAUUUCUGGGCUCUGUAAAACGAAAAAAAAAACGGACAGAACUCGCCGUGUAU